CAUCCGAUCCGGUGUAAUAUUCCGCUUAUCAUCACUAAAAUCACUUACAAGCUUGUUUGUUAGCUCAUAUUUGUGGGCGGUGUAACACCUUACCAAAACAAAAAUCCGAAGAUGGUGACCCGCGUAGAAAUCAAAGGGAUCGAUGCGUUCUCCAAGUUCACCGAAGACAUCGAUAGUUCGGGGCCGCCUGUGUUCUUCUUUUUCAGUGGAUCUAAGUUGCCUAAUGGAACUAGCUGGUGUCCAGAUUGUGUUGAGGCUGAACCUAUAGUGCAAGCUUACCUCAAUGAACUACAGAAAAGCAUUAUUUUCGCAUAUGUGGAUGUUGGAGACAGAGACUACUGGAAAGACAAAAUGUGCCCAUUCAGGACCGACGCCCGCACCAAACUCAUGGUCAUUCCGACACUGCUCCGAUGGAAAGGUGUACAGAGGCUUGAGGGCAGCCAGUGCAACAAGCGCGAACUGCUGCAGAUGAUGUUCGAAGAGGAUGAAGAGUAAAGUGCAUUAAUAUGUUAUAUAGGGUAAAUUAUCCCAUGAA